GGAUUGGCUAAUCUCUUGCUGUAUUCAGUUUCAACUGUAGAUAAGUACUUUGAGUUAUGGCUGACUCCCACACAUCAGUAGAUAUGACUUUUACGAACAACUCGAGAACGACACUUGCAGGGAACAAUGCUAUGUCUCCCGAGGAAACUUCACAGACAACAAGAGGAAGAUGGCCAAUUCUAGACAGAGUUCUUGAUCCUAACGGCGCACACCUUCCAAGGUGGAAUAUGAUGUUUGUAAUAUCAUGCGUCCUUGCUGUUUUACUUGAUCCUCUCUUCCUAUACAUCCCAGUCAUAAACGAUGACAUGAAAUGCAUGGGACUAGACCAAAACUUGAAGAUAACGGCUGUGGUUUUACGGUCGAUUACGGAUUUCAUUUAUAUAUUGAAAAUUAUUUUUCAAAUUUAUAAACUCAAGAAUAUAACACCUAAGGAGAUCUGGGAGUCAUGCAUCCUUGUUGACAUUUUGGCUGUUCUUCCCCUUCCGCAGGUAGUAAUUGUCAAUUACUUCACAAAAAUGAGGGGCUCGCGAUCUUUGAAUAUGAGGAAAUUUAUGAAUUUUCUUGUUCUAUUCCAAUAUGUUCCACGAGUUCUUAGUAUCUCCCUUGCAUAUAAAGAGUUUAAGACCUCUUCUAAAGGAAAGAUUGGACAAUUGCUCACAAACGGAAAGACUGGAUUAUGGGUUAAAGGUGGACUCAAUUUCUUUAUGUACAUCCUUGGAAGCCAUGUAUUUGGAGCAUUUUGGUAUUUUUUUGCUGUUCAACGGAUGAUAACUUGUUGGCAAUAUGCCUGUCGAAGUGAUAAUGAAUGUAAACCAAGUACAUUUGAGUGUCAUGAUCAUCCUACCAGCAGAAAUAUCACAUUGUUAAAUGUUGCAUGCCCUAUAAGUCCAGCAAAUGAAGAUGUGUAUGAUUUUGGUAUAUUUCUGGACGCUCUUCAGUCUGGCAUUGCUGGAUCAAAAGAUUAUUUACAGAAGUUGACAAAUUGUUUUUGGUGGGGUCUUCGAAAUCUGAGCUCUCUUGGUUCAAAUCUCGAGCCUAGUACCAAUACAUGGGAAAACCUCUUUGCUGUUUCUAUUUCUAUAAUUGGCUUGCUGCUGUUCUUAUAUCUCAUUGGAAAUUUACAGAUAUAUAUGCAGUUGGGAACAGCAAGAUUAGUCGAAAAGAACAUGAAACGUGAACGCAAGACUAAAAUUGAACGGAAGAUUGGACGAGAGGUGGAAUCAUGGUUGGCCAAAAAUGGUCUCCCAUUUAAAUUGAAGUCGCAGAUCAUGGAUCAGGUAGCCGAAAAAGAACUUGAAGAAAAUGAGGAUUUCAAUGUGGAUAAUAUCCUCUCUAUUCUGUCGUUGGAUCUUCAACGUUAUAUCAAUGGCUGUAUGCGGACUAUGGAAGAGGAGGGUCGAAAGAUAGACGAGUUCUUAUCUAACAAUCGCCUCCCCCAGCAUUUGAAGUCCAAGGUCAUAGAGAAGUUACCGCAAUCAGACGUUGGGGAAAACAGGGCUGCUGAUUUGGAUUCAAUCCUCUCUAAUCUUCCCACUCGACUCCAUUUGUACAUGGAAAAUAUAAAGCAGAAGAUGGAAGAGAUGGGUCUAGAUAUAGAUUCCUGGUUAUCAGAAGAUGGCAUUCCUUCGAAGAAAAAGUCAGAUAUCAUGGAAAUUUAUGAGGAAGAUGAAAAUUGUGCGGAAGAUGGAACAGAAAGGCAUAGAUUUGUGGUUCUCUAA